AUGCAAUCUAUUUGGAUCUUUGUUUUAUUGGUUACCACUGCAACCGUCGCCACCUUCUCCGCGUGCAAAGACUACGAAGCACCUGCGCCAGAAAAAGAAUUCACAAAACCUACUACUUCCUCCACUGACCAACAGCCCGUCAUUCCUCGUUCUGGAUUGAUGAUCUCUGCACGUGGAUGGUUACCAGCAUUUGUGCAUCAGCCACGUAUUUUCAAACAUUCAGUGCCACUUCACAAAUUCCUGGUACGCCCAGUGAACGUUCCCGUUGCGUAA